CUAGCGAGUACUAGCAACCUUACUUAGCUUUGCACACACACACACACACGCAAUUGCUUAGUAACCAGCAUCAAGAAGCUAUAAUGUCGAGGCCGCAAGCGAGGAGCUCGAGCUACAGGAAGAAAGCGGCGGCGGGGGCGUCGUCUCACCACCACAACCACGGCAGCAAGGCGCACUACGUCCAUGGCGGGAGACCUGCACCAAGGUGGCCUGCCAGGGUAAUGGACGGGUUCAGGAAGAUGCUGGUGGGCCUGUUCGCCUUCCCGCCGCGGCCGCCCAAGGUCACCUUCUCCGCCAACGGCAGGAGCGGUGGCGAGGACGCGGUGGCUCCCAAGAGGCCGUCGUGCAGCAGCUCCAACCUGCAGCCGGUGAACAACGCACACUACGACGAGGCCAUCUCCGACUGCGUCGAGUUCUUCCACCGCUCCGCCAGGGUGGACGUCAGGUCACGGCCGUCCUCGUCGUCCCACUUCUAAGUUCUGAAUUCCCAUUGUCGUCAACUUUGUGCUAGCUUCAAGCAUAUCCCACUGUGUGUGUGGGCAUGUGUAUGUGUGUGCACGUGUCCAUGUAAUCUAGAUUAGAUUACUUAAAGUUGCUCAUGUGUGUCUGUCAUGUUACUGUGUUUUUUCUUUUGACAUCUGUCAUGUUAGUAUGUUACUGUGUUAGUGCUAUGGACAGCGAGCAAACUGCUGCAGCUCAAUGGUAAUCAAGUAUCAAGCGUUUUGGACGUGAGGAUGUUGCAAAGUUCUAGUGGGCUAGCGAUAACUGUGCUAUAACUUUAUUGUAGCCUUUUAGACCGAGCAAGGACCACUGCUUCGUUCUCGUACUGCAAAAGAAGAAAACUAGGAACACAAAAGAAUGAAAUGGGAGACGUCAACAGACCGAAGAGUUGGACGAUGAACCAUGGAUCGAUAGAGCGUCGAUUCAUGUGAGCAACCUAAACACCACAUGAUCUCCGGUA